CAAGCAGCCUUUUGUUUCUUUUUUUAAUUCAUUCCAUUUUUCCUCUGUUCCGUUAAAAAAAAAAAAAUGGGAGCUAAGAAAAUGUCUCAGAAGCUCUUUGAUUAUCGGCUUAGAAGCCGUACCACCAAGUCCCCUCUUUUCUACAUCAUUUCAUUUAUUGCUAUAUUCUUCUUCGUCUAUGCUGAGAAACUUUUCUCAAGUUCUUCAAUCCUACAGACCAUUCAUCUGACUGCUCAACAAUCCGCAGACGAACUCAGUUUACCUCAACCUGUUGAACUCACUGACUCAUCCAAUGUCGACAAUGCCGACGCUUUCCAGCUUUCUCGUCAAGAAAACGAUGAAGAGACAGAGACUGAUCAGCAAUCCGCAGAUGAACUAAGGUUACUUCAAUCUGAUGAACCAUCUGAGCCAUCGAUUCUCGAAGACGCUUCCCAGAUAAACAAUGACGCUUCCCAGCUUUCUGCGAAAGAAAAUGGUGAAGAGACAGAGACUGUUCAGCAAUCCGCGGAUGAACUAAGGUUACCUCAAUCUGAUUUACCGUCUGAGCCAACGAUUGUCGACAGUGGUGACGCUUCCCAGCUUUCUGCGAAAGAAAAUGGUGAAGACGAUAAAGAGAAAGAGGCUGAAGAAGAAGAAGAGGAAGAGGAAGAUGAAGAAGAAGAUCCUCUUAUACCUCCGGAAAAUGUGUCCAAGGAAGAGAGAAUGACCUGGUUCAGACGACAACUUCCAGAACUGAAGAUUCUGAAAUCAAGCGGCUUAUCGCUGCAGUUUCAUAGCAGAGUCAUGAGUUUCAUCAACACAGGCUGCUUGUUGCUGUUUCACAUCAUAUGGCUUUCACCUGCACGGUCCUUUGGGAACAGAGAUUUCCUCACCAUGGACACACUCUUCCAGGUUCAUCCCCAAGCAUGCCUGCUCAUCUUAUCAAGAACAAUGGAUUCCAAACGAGGGGAUACGAUUCUGAAACCCCUUAUCGAUCGAGGCUUCAAGGUUUUUGCAGUCACACCAGACUUGCCUUUCUUGGUCAAGGACACACCAGCAGAAGCAUGGCUUCAAGAGAUGAACAUUGGAACUAAAGAUCCAGGACACAUCCCAUUGUCCCAGAAUCUGGCUAAUCUCAUAAGGCUAGCCUUCUUGUACAAAUACGGAGGUGUUUACUUGGACACAGAUAUCAUAGUACUGAGGGACAUGUCAGGUUUGAGGAAUGUGAUAGGAGCACAAAGUGUGGACUCGGUGACUAGGAAAUGGAACAGAUUGAAUGGUGCAAUUAUGAUAUUUGAUAUUAACCAUCCAAUUCUGUUGGAAUUCUUGCAGGAAUUUGCAUCAACUUUUGAUGGGAAUAAAUGGGGACACAACGGGCCUUAUUUGGUCUCAAGAGUUAUAGAGAGAUUAGGAAGCAUCCCAGCAAACAAUCUCAGAAUUUUGCCUCCAAAAGCAUUCUACCCUGUGAACUGGUAUAAAAUUGGAAGGCUUUUCAGGAAGCCGGAGAACGAGUCAGAAUCAAGAUGGGUGGAGAGCAAGAUCAGCGAGUUGUAUGCAGGAGAGACGUAUGCAAUACAUCUGUGGAACAAGAGAAGCAGAGAGUUAGAGAUUGAAGAAGGAAGUGUGAUGGCUAGAAUAAUCUCACAACACUGUGUUGUUUGUGCUGGCAUAACAAGAAGUUAAAAGGAACAAGGUUACUCAGCUAUAAGAAAAGCGUUACUAGUUCCUUAAGUGUCAACUUAUCUCAUCUGGGGGGGGGGGGGGGGGGACACAGAGAUCAAGCAAAAGUGUAAUAUUACACAUUGAAUUGUUUCUUUUUUUAUUAGCAAAAGUAAUUAUAGAUGAUCAACUUAUUAUCUUUAGAUUCUUCUGAAUAUAAGGGGACCAAAACUACCAGAUUUUACCAUAAUAAUUUAUUUACUAGGCUAUGCAGUCAAGAGAUCUUUUGUUGAAUCCUUCCUGCUAAAGUCUCUAGUAGGAGGCAUAAGUGCAGAACAUAUAUGUUCUCUCAUUUAUGACAUACCAGUUUGCAGGUUGAAGGCUGAUUUGAUCAAUGCAUUUUAUGGAUAAUUUCUCCCUGAUGUAUAUAUUCAAGUAAAAAGAUAUAUAAAUGUUUUUUGAGUUCAAA